CACUACAAAUCUAUUACAUUUAUUGAGUAGCUAUGGCGCGUGGUAUACCGCUGCAAAUGGCCAAGCAGCACUCGCUGAAAGCCAGGAAGUACCGGUGGAUUGAGAGGGGCUUACUCUGUGGCAUAUUCCUUACUUGGAGUGCAGCUAUAGUCUAUGUUAACUUCUACGAGAACUGGAACCUCUCUAAAGCCUCUACUGAGCUUGAAAAGAAGAUGGGGAGAUUUUCCAAGAGAUGCUGGAGAACAUGGUAUUGGAUAUCUGAGAUAGGGUCCGCUGCUAGCACUGAAGAUAAGAUCCUACAGUGUUACAAAGAGGUAGAGGAGGAGAGACAGAGAGAGAUGGUAAUGUUGAGGGAUCUGGAGAGCUUUCAGAGAACUGAGAUAUCAGCUGAAGUUGAGUGAGGGGCUGAGUUGCAACGUGACGUCACGAGUUGCAACGUGACGUCACGUGAGUUGCAACGUGACGUCACGUGAUUAUUUGAUGAAUCCCUUAUGCUUUCAUGUUAGCUCGUGGGGAAGUUGUUCUUAGCAGCGAAUAAAGAGCUGGGAUUUAACUCUGCGAUAUGGUGUGGCGUGAGAAGGCAACAUUCCAAUGAGGAUGUUAUGUUCAACAAUCAGACACUCAGAAGAGACUGACAUAGUCUCUAAUUUUCUUAAUUUAUUCUUUCAUUUAUUAAGUUUUGUAAUUUAUUUUGUGCAUUUUUGUAAUAUUUUUCUGUUAUUCGAGAGAAUUGACUAAUUUAAAUCAAUCAUGACCUGACGACCUCUGGACCUCGUUCAGAUCGUAUAAUUUCGCCGCAUACAUAAUAUGUUAUUCUUAUUACUUUGCCUUGUGUAAUUUGCAGAUUUGUGUAUUGAUGCAAAAUAUUUAUCUUCGAAAUACUCGAUCCAGAUUUUUAAAACUUCAAAUCCCUGAUUAUCCGUUAGAAAUGAAAGAAAGGGAACUAAUUUGUCCAGACCACUGAACGAGAUAUUAAGCCUGAAGACGCAACCCUGAUCUCAACUGAUGGGCUCUCUUGAUAAAGGAGGUUACCAUGAUACCCUCCCUUCAAAAUCUAAGACGCUUCUGCAGGCCCUGUACGGCGAGGGAGGAAAUGCGGACGAUGCGGUCAUAGCUGGCCAUUUAGCUGCUGCUUCAAUGUCUGCUGUAGAGUUUCCAGAAAAUGCUGACUGGGUCAACUCAUCACCCCUUUCUAUUCACGGUAAUUUAAAAGGAAGAUACGUACUACUGGACUUCUUCACGUACUGUUGUAUAAACUGUAUGCACAUCCUCCCGGCUCUACACAAACUGGAGGAACACGUACCAGAGGGUCUGGUGGUAGUCGGGGUCCACUCUGGCAAGUUUAGUAAUGAGAAGAGCAACGACAACAUCCUCAAUGCAGUGUCGAGAUACAAGAUAACCCAUCCAGUGAUAAACGAUCAGAACUACGAAAUGUGGAAUAGUUACAGUAUAAUCUGCUGGCCUACCUUAGUCCUCAUCAACCCCAGUGGUAAGACAGUGCUGAUAUCAAUAGGAGAGAGUGACGUUGAGGAAGUGUGUCGGUUUGUAAAGGAUGUGGUCCGCUUAUCUCCUCCUACUGAACUACAGCCUGUAUCUCUGUUCCAGGAGACUGACACUGAUGCUGGGGGUUUAAACUCGAAGAAGAAGACACUGAGUUACCCCGGAAAGAUAUUCUAUCACUCUGACAGCAACACUCUCUUUAUCUCCGAUACUGCUAACAAUCGUGUUCUACAGACGAACAGUAGUGGUGAGAUACUGCACAAGUACCCCUCCCCAGAGUCCCCCACCCUGAACAGUCCCCAGGGAUUACUGGUUUACGAGGAGUGGGUGUACGUGUGUGACACUAACAACCACCGGGUAGUGAGGAUGGAGCUGGAGAGGGGGGUGUUGGAGGUGGUCUGUGGGACUGGUAACCAGGGACACGAUCUCCAGGGAGGAAAAGUUGGUCCUGAACAAGAGAUAAGCAGUCCCUGGGAUAUAGAGCUGAUUCCUCUUCAGAGUGUGACUGGUUGUCAUGGAAACCUGCUGAUGAUAGCAAUGGCGGGUACCCAUCAGAUAUGGGGCUACGCGCUCACUGAUGUUUCUAUCACCCACAGAGGUAAGAAUACUGAAUAUAAAGCCUCUACUACGUGGAGACUGGCUGGCAGUGGGGACGAAGCUAACAAGAACAACUCUUACCCUCACAAAGCCUCCUUCGCUCAACCCUCUGGACUAAGUUAUGACGGUAGUAAGUUCGUGUAUGUGGCAGACAGCGAGAGCAGCACGGUAAGAUCCGUGGAACUUCCUUCUUUUGCUGUGAAGAACGUGGCUGGGGGAGGCCUAGACCCUUCCGACCUCUUCUCUUACGGAGAUGUGGACGGAAAAGGAACGACAGCCAAGUUACAACACCCGAUAGGAAUAACAAUCACUGGUAACCAUGGUAACCAGACUCUUCUGGUAGCUGACUCCUACAAUCACAAGAUAAAGCAAAUCCAAACCAAAUCUCGCGUCGUUUCGACCUGCUCUCAAAUAACUGGUCUGUCGGAGCCAUCAGGACUCACCCACGACCCACAAAGUGGGUGUGUGUACGUAGCGGACACUAACAACCACGCAGUAAGAGUAGUGAAGUUAGGGGAGAACUCGGAGAGCUGGGAGGUGGGAGUAGUCGACCGAGCCAGGGUAUCCAGUAGUACGGGGGUCUCUUGGGUCCUCACUGAGGAGCACACAACAUCUCUGACACUCUCCCUGUCCUUCACCAAGCAUCUUAACACCUCCGCUCCUAGUAUCAUCAAGAUAACCCACUACACGACACACGGAAGGGAGAGUCACGAGGUACCCGUUACUGAUCACGUGGUACAGGUUCCACUUGUAGCUUCUGGGGCUGCAGAUCUUGCUAUCACGUUGUUCACCUGCUCUGAGGAAGGUGCAUGCUUUAUGGAUAAGUACAUUCACAGAAUCAACUUUGUGGAUGAUACAGCGGAAAGAGUUCUGCUGAAAGCGAGUGAUCCUUUAGUUAUAAACAUAGAUUGAUGACUGAUCUGUAGAAUCAAUAUAAUGUGAACUUUAAGUUUAUUAUGGACAUUGGAAUUUGAUAUUUUUUGCAAACUCUGUUUUUAAAUUUAUGAUGUUUUUCGUAUUGAUCACUGUAUUGUGACUAGAGACGUUUUUAAUUGAAUAUCUUAUUCUUAAUCUUUUUAGAUAGAACUCUGUUAAUUUCGAAUUUUUAUGAUCUUAAAUAUUAUUUCGUUUUCUGAUUUCAUUCGUAUUGUAACAACUCUGAUUUUUUGACCUGAAGAUAAUUUUGUAUGUGACAUCCUUUAUCUACUCUACUUUAAAAUAAUCAUCGAACUGCGAGUAAUACUUGUUGUAUUUUACCAAACCCCCACAACCACAUGACCUCAACUCAUACAGGAUAAUGUGUACAAGAGGGAUAGAUGAGCCAGUAGACAAGGUGAAGUUUGUGAAGGAGCUUUACUCACAUGGGGCCAUCAAGUUCGGAGAGUUUAAACUAAAGAGCGGGAUAAUGAGUCCGGUUUACUUCGAUCUGAGAGCUCUGGUUUCCUUGCCCCGACUUAUGAGGGACGCUUCUAAAUUACUGUACGAAGCAGCACAUGGUAUGAAGUACACAUGUAUCUGCGGGGUCCCCUACACUGCCCUCCCCAUAGCAACUGUCAUCUCAGUGGACCACGAUAUACCUAUGGUUAUCCGCAGAAAAGAGAUGAAAGAUUACGGCACUAAGAAAAUGGUUGAAGGCAUAUUCGAAGCAGGAGAGUCCUGUCUUAUCAUUGAAGACGUAAUUACUACGGGCGGGAGUAUUCUUGAAACUGUCGAUGUCCUAGAAAAAGCUGGUCUGAAAGCUACGGAGGGUGUGGUGUUACUGGACCGACAGCAAGGGGGUCACAUCAACUUGGCCAACAACAAGUUCAACAUUAAAAGUGUGUUCAACAUAUCGGAAAUCCUGGAGAGCCUUCAGAAGGAAGGUGAUAUUGAUCAGGAAACUGUUGAGAAAACUAUGGAUUUUAUCCAGAAGAAUAAAUUAUUUUAACCAUUUUUGGUCUUGGGAAUUGGGAUAGGUUUUAGUUGUUUAUUACUUUUCUUUAAUUUAUUAUUUUUAUGUUAGAUAUGUUCUAUCGAGAGUUUUGAAAUGUUUUAUUAAGAUUUUUCCCAUGUAAGGUACACUAGUCCGUUUUUUCUGAAUUAAAUGUUAGUAUAUAAUAUUAAAUUAUUAAUAAGUCACCUUUUUACAUCACAAA